GACUCAAGUCGGCCAACACCCCCGGCCGUAAUAUAUGCGAGCUUUGCCAGUUUCUAUCGAUGCGAAUGCGCCCCCCUAGCUUGCUUCCCUCCAAACCGCAAACCGCUCCGCCCGCGAGCAUUUAAGCGUGCAUCUCUCGUCCGCUCGCUUGCACGCCAAAACCCGGGCCCACCGCUCAACCCUCAACCACAUCGAAGCGGUCCGACUCCAGUAAUGAUCGUAGCCGACACAAACAUCACCCACUUUCCGAACUUCAACCACCACAUACAGAAAUCAAUCGAGAAGCCAGAACUAGACAUAGACUCGCCUCCGGACUUCCAUUUUGACUCAGCCAUGGCCCACCCCGGUUCGCCGGCUCCUUAUAUCAAGGAAGAGUCCGACGACAUGCACUUCAACCCGAACCGCUUCGCCAACCAGCCUGGCUUCGACAUGUCCCACCAAUUCGGCAACCAGAACUACGGAGGUUCCGGCAAUGCUUUCGGCGUAAACCCUUCCGACCUCACCAUGAGCAGUAGCUUCAUCCUGAACAACCAGUACGGCUCCAACAACAUGUCGUCGAGCUUCCUGGGCAACUCGCACAUUGCCGACGAUGACCUCCGGGACUUGAUCGAUGACUCGGGCAACCAGAACGGCGCCUUUCACAACUUCAAUGAGGAGAACAACGAGCAACACAACCAGCAAAACUACUUUCAGCCCCAGAUGAACGGGAAUUCCAUGUCGGUCAACACCAAUCAGAACCACAUGAACAACAACAACAACAUGUAUUCGAACACGCCCGAUGGAGCGCCAAUCCAAAGCCCAUUCGCCGAUGGUGGAUUCAAUUACCCGGGUCAAUUCCAGAACAUGCAAAACCAGCGAUUGGCCAGCAUGCCCAACGGAUCGUUCAACAUGAAUGCGAGGCAGCACUCCAGGAUGGGCCUGGAGAGACAGCUAUCCGAUUCUCGGAGCCCGCUGACGCCCAAGACCCCCGCACUUGGCGCUCUUCACCUCAGCACGCCCGACUCUGGCAGCUUUCCCUCGCAACCCAUCAACGCCGCGCACCGACCGAGCCACGGCCACCAGAAGAGCAUGUCGAGCCAGUGGGAUAAUACGCCCGGCAGCGGCGGCUCGUGGAUCGACUCACCAAUAGUCUCACCUCACCAGGGCGGUAUGCACCCCGGCAUGGCCGAGGUCUUGGCGUCGGGGAAGCACGCAUCUUUGCCAGCCAAGGUAGAGAACGGACAGCCCAACCCAGCAUACCAGACGCAGGAGGCGAAGCGGCGCAGGCGUCGCGAGUCGCACAACAUGGUUGAGCGCCGACGGAGAGACAACAUCAACGAGCGCAUCCAGGAUUUGUCCAAACUUGUGCCGCAGCAUCGGUUGGAGGAUGAGAAGAUUCGUAAGCACAUCCAUAACAAUGGACCCCUGUCGCCUACUUUGGCCGCCAGUGGCAUCUCGCCACCUCAGGCGACGUCACUCUUGGCGGGUCCAAACGGCAGGCGCGCUGCGGGUAAUAUCACCACCGGUCUUCCGAUCGACGACAAAGACAAAGGCCCGAACAAAGGCGACAUUCUCAACGGUUCCGUCAGCUGGACCCGCGAUUUGAUGUGGAUGCUCUACCUCAAGCUGAAGCAGGAAGAGCAGCUUUUCGAGCAGAUUCGUCAAUUGGGUGGCGAGACUCCGUACGAGUACACUGAGGAGGAAAAUCGCAUGCGCACCGAGCUUUUCGACGCGAUUGAGAAGAACAAUUGGGAGACCUUCUCGUAUUCCCGGGCUCCCGGCACCGGCCUUCGGGUGCCCAAGCACACCAAUCUCGCCGGUGACGCACUCAACCCAAUGUCGCCUCAGAGUCUCAGCCCUGCGAUCCAAUCGGGCGGUAGUGGCGCAAACUCUGGCCAGCCACAGUUUUGGAUCAACCAGCCCGGCUUGAAGGAAGAGGACGAGUUCGGCAUGGAGAUGUGAUUACAUACCCACCCUCUUGGGCCGGAGCCACCACCGUUAGAUGUUUCCGGGCAGAAGAUCAUGGCAUCAAUUUGAGAUACCCCCCAACCAGCUACAUUUGGCAUCAUGCAUCACAAAACUAGACCGGUAUUCGGAGACUAGCUGCGCGAUGCGCUCUCCUUUUGUUUAUUCCUUUGAUCUUGCACCGGAGUUAGUCGGAUUCUGACGAUCAUUGGGGAAACCUUUUGCUUUAUUUUAUCAUUUAUCUUCUGCUUGCCGAUUCGCUGCUGCCCUUCUUAACUUGACAUUGCUUCCUUGCUUCUUUC